CUGCUUGUGCUUGAUUUUGCAUUAUGUUAAGUCACAGUGACAGUCAGUAGUUUUUAAUGUUUAGGUUUGAAAACGAUUUUGUAUUUAUAAUUUUGGAUAUUUGCUUAUUCACCUGCAAACAACCAUAGUAGACAAAUUCUCAACAUUAAGUUACGUGCUUCCAUAGUUAAUCAAUUGUCUUUCCUAUUAGGUUCAGCAAGAUCUGCAUAGUUCGAAUCUGCAGCAAAGACACUCACUGUCAGCGUGAUGGUGACCUUGGUUUUUGUACUGUACUUGUCUAUUAAGGCCAUAAUUUCAUGCGUUCAUUUUUCAGUAUUUUAUAAAAACAAGCUUUUUAUGUAUGUAGCAAUAAAUUACUUAAUGUUUCACAGCACAUGCGCUGCGAAAAACGGGCAUAUCAGUACGUAAUCAUUAUGCCUAGUUCUUCGUUUGGUACACAUUCAGCGAAUAUAUGUGUUGCUAUUCUGAUGACGAUAAUCCCUUCGGUAUGGCACUUCGAGGUGUUUGAAGAAAUCUGUCGGCAGCAAGAUGAUAAUAUGCGUCGGGGCAAACAAAUGCGGAUUCGAGCAGACGUCGAAGAGGGCGAUGCAGUAGAGUUCCCCUGCAAAUUCUGCCGGCAUCCGAAGGAUCCUGUCAAAUGGUAUUCUCUGGAGCAUGCUGGGUUAUUGGUGGACGGGCGCGUCGUCAAACAUGCGCCUGUGGAAACAGAAGUCACCGCAGAUCCAUUCACGUUUGACGAAUUCAACAGAGUCUACGUAAAUACCGAGAAUACACUUGUGAUUCGAAAAUUCAACGAAUCCGACCUGAAGAUGUACUAUUGCCGUCACAGCGAGACCGGCGAUCUGAAUGGGUUUGAACACGAUCCUCAGUUAAUUUUACGUCACAAUCCCCACCGAUUUCCGGUCAAUCAGUCGCUGUUUCUGCAAAAAGUAGAGGGCCUGAAAAUGCAGAUAAUGCUUGCGGAUUUCCGCAUCGAUCUCCUGAGCAUCAGUCUGCUGCAGAAACCAUGGAGUGAAUGCAACUCCUGUGGUGACCUUCCCGGUGAACAGGAGCGCGCCCUCGAAUGCCGCGUCCGCAUAUCCAAAUCACUGAAGAGGAUGCUGCCAGAGAACCGGCUAUCUCCACACGAACGCACCAAGCUGGAAUCGCAGAUCAAAGACUACAUGACCUUUCUCUAUCCCGACUACGAAUCAUACAGUGACCUGGAUCUGUCUGAUGAUAUUUGCCUGGGUUAUCCCGGUUUGGAGGCCUGUCAGAAAAGAAUGGAACGAGAGAAUCCCGGCUGGUUCAAAGGAAUCAGUUGUCAGAACGCUCUGUAUCUAAGGCGAUGGAAGGAGUUUUCGCAGCAUUUCGGAACUAAGCGCUUUCCGCCUGAUUUGCUAGCGAGAAACGUUAUCGAGACAAAAACCUGCCAACUAUCAUGUGAAAAUCUGGCGACAAAAACCGGGAGCAGUAAAAAUACCACAUCAAAAUCCUGGUUUAGAAAAUUACUAAAACUGCGAGGAAUAAAUCUGCUGAAAAUUUUUCGUCGACAAAAAAAGAGACUGAAACAUAAAGCGUUCAAAAGGCAUGUGCUGUCGGAGUAUGCAGGAACUGGUAUUAAACUUGGCUGUCCUGGAGCAACUCUUGACCAUCUUGUAUUGUGGAAGAAUGGGACUUAUGAUUUGAAUCCCUUCACUGUUGCGGCAGAUUCUGCUGGGCGUAUUACUUACGUGACUACUUUGGUUUUGCACAUUCGUAACCUUUCCACUUACGAUGCUCAAUUAUAUAGUUGCUGGCAGGAUAAUUCUCUAAAAGGUGAAGUCCAGAUCAAAGUCGUCAAACGGAAGCCACCUCCGCCGGAUAUGCGAAUUUCGCUGCUGUAUUUAGCUGUCGGCACUGCUGUGGAUGUGAUUAUUUUUGUGGCAUUGAUGAUUGUUUGGCGUCGACAGGAAACACAGUCUAAGAUGAAGGAUCAUGUUUAUCGCAACAUUUUCGGACCAAAUAAAUCUUGAGCUUGAUCGCAUGCUUUUGAAAUACCAGCGAUGCUUAUUGUAUAAUACCGCACUGUAAUGAUUGUGCUCCAGAAUAUAUCUUUAUCCUGAGAACAUGAUUUCAUCACUGGUAUUAUCUGGGAGCCAAAAACCGGUUGUUACCAUAAAUUAAUACGAUGUGUAAUUUUUGCAAAUGUAUCCCCAUUUUUGCGGUCCUUAUUCUCCAACUGGUUACGAGGCAGCAUGCUUGCUUGCGGCUUAGCCGCUGCUGCUCACGCCUGACAAAGCCACAAAAAGGUCCGCUCUCAUUCUUUCUCCUGUUCCCGUUUAGAGCAGAAACUUUUCCGCUAUCCUUU